AUGAACAAGGAAAAGGAUAAUUUGCGGAAAGUAGCUUUAAAAAUUUGGUCUGAGAGGUUGAAGAAUGCGGAUUUUGUUUUAAGAACGGUUUCCGCGAUUAUGCCGGUUUUUGACGCUUGGUUGACAAGGCGCCAUGUCUUUUUAUCUUUCCGUUUGGUGCAGGUAUUUCAGGCUAUUGCUGCAUGUUACCAUUGCAGUAGUAAUGACGAUUCUUCGGAGCAUACAUUAGAAGCUUGUCCUGCUUGGUCUGUUGAACGCAAUGCCUUGGAUGGAAGGAUGGAAGGCGAUGCUCGCUUUCUGUAA